AUGGCCGGUAUAUUUCGCACCAUCUACGACUGGCUUCUGAGGAUGUUUUGCGAAGGCGCUCUGCUGAUCACCGAUCCUAUGUAUCCUUGCAGGGCGACAGAGAUGGAUGUCACCAUGAUCGGCCUGCAGAAUGCCGGCAAGUCCUCCUUACUUCGAGUGCUCGCGGGCGGGGAAUUCACGGUUGAUUCAAUCCCCACUAUUGGAUUCAACACCAAACGUGUGCAAAAGGGCCAUGUGACCCUGAAAUGGUAUGAGAACUUGCUUUUGGAGAAUCUGAUCUGGGGCCGCCAAUUACCCGCGGAAAUCACAACCCGAGAGCUUGCAUAUACUGACCGUCGCAGUUGGGAUUUGGGUGGACAGCCUCGAUUUCGCCCGAUGUGGGAGCGAUACUGCCGGGGUGUGAAUGCGAUCGUAUACAUCGUUGACGCUGCCGACAAGGCGGCUCUGCCCGUAGCGACGGAGGAACUGCACGAAUUGAUGCAAAAACCGACCCUUGACGGAAUUCCGCUCUUGGUGCUCGGCAACAAAUCUGAUCUCCCGGAGAAGCUGUCUGUUGAUGAACUGAUCGAUGCCAUGGACCUCAAGUCCAUCACUCGCCGCGAGGUGAGCUGUUACGGAAUCAGCGCCAAGGAAGAGACCAACCUAGAUGCCGUGUUGCAUUGGUUGAUGGCUCGCGCCAGUCGGUAG